AUGGGAAAAACUCUAACCCCCCUCCGAACGAACAAAUUUUGUUUACUCACUGAGGGGGUUAAUUUUUUUUUUAAAAAAAAUUUAUAUAUAAAUUUUAUAGAAUUUUUUUUUCGAAAUUUUAAAAAAUCCCACUUCUCGGAAUUGGAAGGAAAUAUUAAUUUAAUUUCCUAAAUUUAUGUUUUAAAAACGCAAUUUGUUGAAAAUUAAAUAGAAUUAGCUCGAGAUUUUAUGAUAACAGUUAUCACUUAUAUAUCAAAAUUGUUUUCCAUAAAAAAAUUUUCUAUUAAAAACAUUGUUGUUCACUCACGGAGGGUGGGUUUUUUUGGGCAAGAAAUAGCGAUUUUUCUAAUGGUUUUUCUCAUUCACGGAGGGGGAGUAAGCAAAAAUGUGUGUGGAGGCUGCACUGAAAGAGUACAAACACUUGAAACCCUUGACGAAAAAUACCAAAAGCCGCAAGAAGAAGAAAUUUUGGUUAAUGGCCGGACAUUUAGAGAGUUAACGCUUUUAGAAAUUUUAAAAGGAAAAGAGUAUAGCACCAGGGUAACAACAGGAUAUGGCACAGAUCGAAGCAUGUUAAGAGACGAAAAAUCAAUAACAUUUUCAAAUAGCCAAGAAUUUCCAGUACCUAAAUCUCAACAGCUUAAAACAAUAACAGAUGUCUCUGAAACCCAAGUUCAUCCACCAGCUCCAGUUAAAUUUGCUUCAAAACAGCGUAAAAGGCUCUCUCCGCUUCCGGAAACCAUAAAAACCAAAGACAAAAGCACCCAAAAAGCUGCUUCAAAGCCAAAAUUUUCUGCAAGAAGCCGAUCUCCUGGCUGUGUCAGUGUAAGUUUAUAUAAGAAAACACCAACUAAACAUCAAGCAACUAAGCCUAAGCACACCAGAUCUCAAUCAAAUAAUUUCAGCGAGACCACUCUAAAUAUUCUUGAACAGUUGCGCUUACAAAAUUCAAUUCUAAUUGAUGACAUUUCAAUACUUGACAGAGAAAUUUCGAGAGAGCUGGAAAAUAAAUCUCCUUUAACCGAAAAUUUUACGAUAGAUCUAUCACCAAUAGUACGAAGAAGUCGCGAUUCGAAUCGAUAA